GCGGCCGGCGGAGCGAUGGCGCGUCGGGGGCGUGUGGAGCUGCGGCGGAUCGAGGACCGGACGAGCCGGCAGGUGCGCUUCUCCAAGCGCCGCUCGGGGCUCUUCAAGAAGGCCUUCGAGCUCUCCCUCCUCUGCGACGCCGAGGUCGCGCUGCUCGUCUUCUCCCCAGCGGGCAAGCUCUACGAGUACUCCUCCUCCAGCAUAGAAGACACAUAUGACCGCUAUCAGCAAUUUUCGGGAGCUGGAAGGAACCUCAAUGAAGGGGAUGCUGGUAGCAACAAUAAUGAAGAUCCUUCAAGUAUACAGUCAAGGCUUAGAGAUAUAUUUUCCUGGUCUAUUCAAAACAAUGCUGAUGAGUCAGAUGCUAAUAAGCUAGAGAAACUGGAGAAACUCCUGACUGCUGCCUUGAGGAAUACAAAAUCCAAGAAGAUGUUGGCGAAACAAAGUAGCGGUGCGAGCUCAAGCAGCCAGAACUCCAAAAGGCCUAGCGGACUGGAUGAAGGAAGAGCUUGAGCAGUUGAAACUGUGUGCAUCUGGUACAAGGAAAAACUAAUAGCGUGUAAGACAGCUGCCUGUAAGGUGCCAGGGAGGAUGGGCAAAUUCAAUAAAGGGGUGGUUGAGUACUAAUAGCGUAUGUGUCCAUGCUAAGUCAGCGAGAUGUGGUGCAUGGCAUGCCGUUCUACCUGGUGCCUUCGUAUGACUCUGAUGUUUAUGUGAACCUAUCAAGUCUGUAGUGUCACUCCUGUCAUAUGCAACUGAAAGCAAUACAGUUUAUGUGGAUUUCAGUAUAUAAUCUAUUGCAGAUUCUACC